UCCCACAUUAUUAUACCUUCACACCAAAUCCAUAUUCAUCGAAGUUCAUCAAUUCCAAGAUGAAAAUGAUUUACAUUUUUUUCCUCUUGGCUCUUCUAUCAUCCACUUCCCAUGCUUCUGUCAAUGAUUUUUGUGUAGCAAACCUAAAAGGUCCAGAUAGCCCUUCAGGCUACCAGUGCAAGCCACCUAACACAGUCACGGUGAAUGAUUUUGUGUUGUCUGGCUUUGUAGCUGGAAACACCACAAACGCUUUCAAUGCUGCAUUAACACCAGCAUUUGUCACUGAGUUACCAGGAGUCAAUGGUCUUGGCAUAUCUGCAGCACGGUUAGACUUAGCCAAAGGUGGAUCAGUUCCAAUGCACUCACAUCCUGGUGCUAGUGAAAUACUAAUAAUGGUGAAAGGUCAAAUCACUGCUGGUAUUUUGACACCUGGUGCUGUUUAUGAGAAGACACUUAAACCUGGAGAUGUUAUGGUUUUCCCACAAGGACUUUUGCAUUUUCAAGCGAAUUCUGGUAAGGGAAAAGCCACUGCUUUUGUUGCUUUCAGCAGUGCAAACCCUGGAGCACAACUACUUGACCUUCUGUUGUUUGGCAAUAGCUUGCCUUCUGACUUGGUUGCACAAACUACCUUCCUUGAUGUUGCUCAAGUGAAGAAGCUUAAGGCUCGUUUUGGUGGUAGAGGCUAGCUUCUAUUGCUCAUGAAUUGAUCUUUUCCUAAUGUUUAUUUCUAAUCAUAUAGUCAAUAAUGUUGUGUAUGCCAUUUGCCUUUUCCACUUCCAUGUUUGAAGAUUUCGUAAUGGAGAAAGAUUGUUCUACUAAAAAAAACACCUUUAUGUUGAGGGAGUAUGUUGGAAAAUAGAGUAAUAAUAGUUGUAUUUAUCUACUUA